UUCCUCAAGAGAUAGGAAGGGAGGAACGUCGGCUUAUUUUUCCAGCCGCGACUAGGGUCACACUGGUAUCUAGACUAGAGGGAUCACUGGGGCGAGAAACCCAUUUGGCAGAGAAGGGGUGAACCCCUUCCCUCCUUUAUCUUUUCCAUCUUGGUUCUCAAGGACUACAAAAUAAUCAUUGAUAAGUGUUUUCUUGGAACUUGAGAAAUCCUUGCGCCCUGAACGUUCUGGAGCUGGAACAGCAACUGGCCUGAAAAGGACACCCGUGAACCUUCUGUGCGCCGACGUGCUCCAGCACCCCGCGCCCCUCAACCCAGCCGCUCCUCCUCGCGAUGCUCAGGCUCACUCCUCCCGGUCCCCGCCCCGCUCCAGCUCUCCGAUUGGAGAAAUUCAGCUGCUGGCCCGCCCCGGGAUUUAAAGGGCCCGCUCGGCCGCGCCACCCUGGGAGCCACUGCUGGUCCCGGCCUUGCGGCCUGCGGGGGAGGCUGCCGGGAGGAGGUGGCGACAGUGGCAGCAGUGCGCGUCCCCGGCCCCCAGGACCACGGCUUCCUUUCUACCAGAUCCAUCUGUCCAUCCAUCUGUGUGGGUCCACAAUGGCCUCCUUCAGCCGACAGGAAUUUUUCCAGCAGCUACUGCAGGGCUGUCUCCUGCCUACUGUCCAACAGGGCCUUGACCAGAUCUGGCUGCUUCUUACCAUCUGCUUUGCCUGCCGCCUCCUUUGGAGGCUGGGGUUACCGUCUUACCUGAAGCAUGCAAGCACCGUGGCAGGUGGCUUCUUCAGCCUCUACCACUUCUUCCAGCUGCACAUGGUUUGGGUCGUGCUGCUGAGCCUCCUGUGCUACCUCGUGCUGUUCCUCUGCCGACACUCCUCCCACCGAGGCGUCUUCCUCUCCGUCACCAUCCUCAUCUACCUGCUCAUGGGUGAGAUGCACAUGGUGGACACCGUGACAUGGCACAAGAUGCGAGGGGCCCAGAUGAUCGUGGCCAUGAAGGCGGUGUCUCUGGGCUUCGACCUGGACCGGGGCGAGGUGGGUGCAGUGCCCUCACCUGUGGAGUUCAUGGGCUACCUCUACUUUGUGGGCACCAUCGUCUUUGGGCCCUGGAUACCCUUCCACAGCUACCUACAGGCUGUCCAAGGCCGCCCACUGAGCCGCCGAUGGCUGAAGAAGGUGGCCCGGAGCCUGGCGCUGGCCCUGCUGUGCCUUGUACUGUCCACUUGUGUGGGCCCCUACCUCUUCCCCUACUUCAUCCCCCUCGACGGUGAUCGCCUCCUUCGCAACAAGAAACGCAAAGCCAGGGGCACCAUGGUAAGGUGGCUACGAGCCUACGAGAGUGCUGUCUCCUUCCACUUCAGCAACUAUUUUGUGGGCUUUCUGUCUGAGGCCACAGCCACAUUGGCCGGGGCUGGCUUCACGGAGGAGAAGGACCACCUGGAAUGGGACUUGACAGUCUCUAGACCAUUGAAUGUGGAGCUGCCCCGGUCCAUGGUGGAAGUUGUCACAAGCUGGAACCUGCCUAUGUCUUAUUGGUUAAAUAACUAUGUUUUUAAGAAUGCUCUCCGCCUGGGGACCUUCUCAGCUGUGCUGGUCACCUAUGCAGCCAGCGCCCUCUUGCAUGGCUUCAGUUUCCAUCUGGCUGCUGUAUUGCUGUCUCUGGCAUUUAUCACAUAUGUGGAACACGUCCUCCGAAAGCGCCUGGCUCAGCUCCUCAGUGCCUGCAUCUUGUCGAAGCGUUGUCUGCCAGACUGCUCACACCGGCAUCGCUUGGGCCUGGGGGUACGAGCCUUAAAUUUGCUCUUUGGGGCCCUGGCUAUCUUCCACCUGGCCUACCUGGGCUCCCUGUUUGAUGUCGAUGUGGAUGACAGCACAGAGGAGCAGGGCUACGGCAUGGCAUACACUGUCCACAAGUGGUCAGAACUCAGCUGGGCCAGUCACUGGGUCACUUUUGGAUGCUGGAUCUUCUACCGUCUCUUAGGCUGAGGCAUAUGACCCUCAUGAUCCCCCUCCAACGCCCUUCCUUAGGGUAGCAACUCUGAUGGGGGAUGAGGGAAGGCCCUUUCUCUACUCCUUGACCCCUCUCCAUUCCUGAGCCCCAACACCCCUACACACUACAGACAAACAGCCUUUCUCAGUGCUUGUCAAUCCUCACCCCACCGCAGGCGGGAAGGGGGUGGUCCUGGUUGAGGCGUAGGAGUGGUGGCUGUUGGGGGAAGGAGAGAGGAGCAGAUCUAGGGCCUCCCCGCCUGCCUUCUCCCUUUUUAUAUGCAGUUUGUUAUUGUCAAAUAAAAGUAGAAACACAA